GGACUGGGACACAGCUCUCUGGGACACAGCUGCGGCCGGACAGGUAUCCGCUGCGCUGUGCUGUGUGUGCUGGACUGUGUGGGGCCCGGGACCGGGUGAAUCCGAAGGUGGCAACACAAUGACGCCCACUGUGGAGGGAGGCCCUGAGGCUCUGCUCCCCGAUUUUCCCAGAGGACCCCUCCACGCCUACCGAGCCAGGGCAUCCUUCAGCUGGAAGGAGCUGGCGCUGUUCUGGGAAGGCGAGGACAUACUCCGCUUUAAGAAAACCAUCUUCUCAGCUUUGGAGAGUGACCCUCUCUUUGCCCACUCCCCGGAAGCCCAGCUGUCCUUGGAGAAGUACCGUGAGCUGAACUUCCUGCGGUGUAGGCGGAUCUUUGAGUACGACUUCCUCAGUGUGGAAGACGUAUUUCGGAGCCCUCUGAAAGUGUCGGCUUUGGUUCACUGCCUAGGGAUGUACGACUGGUCCCUGGCUACCAAAUACCUCCUCCACGUCCUGGUUUUUGGAUCAGCAGUUUACAACUCUGGUUCUGAAAGACAUUUCAAAUACAUUCAAAAGCUUUUAAACAUGGAGAUUUUUGGAUGUUUUGCCCUGACGGAAAUAAGUCACGGAAGCAACACCAAGGCCAUCCGAACGACUGCGCACUACGAUCCUGCCACCAAGGAAUUCAUUAUACAUUCCCCUGAUUUUGAAGCUGCCAAGUUUUGGGUUGGAAAUAUGGGCAAGACGGCUACCCACGCUGUGGUGUUUGCCCAGCUGCACAUGCCCGGGGGCCAGUGCCAUGGCCUACAUCCCUUUGUUGUGCAGAUUCGGGACCCAAAGACCCUUCUUCCCAUGCCAGGGGUGAUGGUCGGCGACAUAGGAAAGAAACUCGGGCAGAAUGGUCUGGAUAACGGAUUCGCCAUGUUCCAGCAGGUACGAAUUCCUCACCAGAACCUUCUGAACCGCACCGGAGACGUCACCCCUGAUGGUUCCUACCUCAGCCCCUUCAAGGACGUCAGACAGCGCUUCGGAGCGUCGCUGGGUGGCUUGUCUUUAGGCCGGGUCUGCAUUAUGGGCAUGUCCGUCGUUAACUUACAGUUGGCCGUGUCCAUAGCUCUUCGUUUCUCAGCCACUCGGCGUCAGUUUGGCCCAACAGAGGAGGAGGAAGUGCCAGUACUUGAAUAUCAGUUGCAGCAAUGGCGGUUACUUCCGUACCUGGCUGCUGCCUUUGCCUUAGAUCACUUCUCCAAGUCGCUCUUCCUGGACCUUGUAGAGCUUCAGCAAGGCCUUCAGGGGGAAGAGCGCAGUGCCAGGCAGGCAGAGCUCGCACAAGAGAUCCAUGCGUUGGCAUCAGCUGGCAAACCUUUGGCCUCGUGGACAGCCCAGCAAGGAAUUCAGGAAUGCAGAGAGGCAUGUGGAGGACACGGCUAUCUGGCCAUGAACCGGUUGGGGGUCCUCAGAGAUGACAACGAUCCCAACUGUACAUAUGAGGGUGACAAUAACGUCCUGCUGCAACAGACGAGCAACUACCUUCUGGGCCUCCUGGAGCGCCGGGUCAGAGAUGGAGCUUGCUUCCAGAGCCCUCUGAAGACAGUGGACUUUUUGGAAGCCUAUCCCGACAUCCUAAACCAGAGGUUCACGGCCUCCAGCAUUGCCGACUGCCUGGACUCUGUAGUCCCCCUGGCUGCAUACGAGUGGUUGGUUUGUUACCUGCUCCGAGAGAGUUACCAAAAGUUAAAUCAAGAGAAAAGAUCAGGAAGCAAUGACUUUGAAGCAAGGAAUAACUGCCAGGUAUACUACUGCCGUCCCCUGGCCUUGGCCUUCAUGGAGCUCACGGUGGUUCGGAGGUUCCACAAGUACACGCACCAGCCAGGUGUGCCGCCCCCACUGCGGGCUGUGCUGGGCCGGCUCAGCGCUCUGUACGCCCUGUGGGCCCUGAGCCAGCACACAGCUGUGCUCUACCAAGGUGGAUACUUCUCUGGUGAGCAGGCGGGUAAAGUGGUGGAGAGCGCCAUCCUGACCCUAUGUUCCCAGCUGAAGGAUGAUGCAGUUGCCCUGGUAGACGUGAUCGCUCCUCCUGACUUUGUUCUGGACUCACCCAUUGGCAGAGCCGACGGAGAGCUCUAUAAAAACCUCUGGAGCUCCAUCCUUCAGGGAAGCAAUGUGCUGGACAGGGCAUCAUGGUGGCCAGAGUUUUCCUACAACAAACCCAUCAUAGGAAGAUUGAAAUCAAAGCUGUAGUCACCCAGCCACAUUUAGCUAAAUCUAAUGAAGCUUAUUAAACUAAUGAAGACAGGACAUCAAAUUCUAGUUCCAGAAGACACUGGGAGCCCUGCUGUUUUCUGAACACAGGCCUUUACCCUUCAGCAGCUGCUUGGCCCUCCCUGCAGAGGGCACUGGAGCGUGGUCCUGGCUGGCAGGAAGGGCCAAUCUGGCACCCUGAUGAUUUGCUGGGUGAGAAAGAAACCUCAACGAUCAUGUCUUCCUCAACGAUGAACUGCAAGAUUUUUUAACAACUAGACUUUUGUACAUUUAAUUUUCAAAUAUAGCUACUCAAUAUAUAGUAGACUGCUCAUAAUUAGGGAUUUUCUCAUUGGGCAAUCUUUUGCGUUGACCUGAGACUUUUUAUAGAGCUCUGCUUCACUGAGGAAUUAGUGAUUCCAGUCUGAUUCUGUGUUAGCUCUACUCACACUUCAUCAUGUAACUGAAUUAUUACCUAUUAAUUUGCACAAAGACUGAAUGACAUAGUUUAAGAUUUUUAAACUUAAAAAUCUAUUUUUAGAAAUCUAUUUUAAUACUUUCUUUGUUGAAGUUUCUAUUGAGGAAAUGUUUCCAAAGAAGCUAGUAAUGAAUUGAAUGGACAAUUCAGUCUCCCAGUCACAUACAGAUUACUUUAUAUGUAAUGCGUCUCUCUUAGGUGAAGUGCCCAGUGCUGUGUGUGCUCAGCAAACCCUUUCAUGAAUGUGGCCAGCCCACAUUCUGCCACCUUUUCCACUCUGACCGUGGCCACUCUGUGUCACUGUGGGCCAGCAAAGAUGUGAUCCAUGCUCUCUUGGGGUGGUGCCAAACCAGUGAGAACCAGUUAUUUUUCCAAAUAGCCCAGUGAAUUGGGAGCAUCUGAGGAUCUGAUCAAUAUCUCAGCUCCCAGUGCUGGCUGUCACUUACACUUUUACCUGUGGGCUCUGGAGCACCUAAGGGGUCAUUCAGGCCGACCUCACUGAGCACCUCCUGAGCCCCAGCACAUUGCUUGGCUCUGCAAGUUCACAUCUGGUUGGCCCCUAGGGCAGCUGUGUGGGGUGGAGGUGCUGCCAGCACAUUUCACAGAGGAGGAAACUGGCCAGAGAGCUGGAUCACCAUGUGGGCAGUCAGGGGUAGCUGAGCUGGCCUGGGGACCUCUCAGAUGCCCAUGAGACCCCGUCCAGGGCUGGGCCUUGCAGCAGGACAUUGCUAGUCUCUAUUGUCAUUGUAACCCCAGUUUCAUCUCACUCUAGUUUGGAGGCGUCCUUGGGUUGAAAUGAAAUAAACUCUUCAUGGUUUUAAAUGUUU